GAAUCGCCCCCCAUCAUCUUCCCCGAGGAUGCUUUGGAUUCUGGCGACGUAGAUGAGGGUUUCUACGCAACAGCAGAGAUGAAAAGAAGAUCUGGGGAAAUUAUCGCGAAAGGCUUUGUUGGCGUUAAUAUCGAAGACCCCUGUUCGGCAGAUCCUCACUCUGUAUAUGAGGCCACAGGAACUCUCUGUGCAGGUCGUCAAAUACCUGAACACUCGCGAAAUAGGGCGUCUUGCUCAGACCUCUCGACACUUUGCCGCUGUAUGCAAGGAUGAUUACCUGUGGAACCUGAUUGCUGUCCGCCGAUUUGGCGGAAGUGGAACCUCUGUCGGUGGCACUGGUCAUCUCGAUCUGUAUAGAAGGCUCGUGUCGGAAAACUCACUUAACGUCCCUGCCGAGAAACUCAACAUCAUUUGGAAUAACGGCCAAUGGUGGAAAAUCAUCGAAUCGCCCGAAUCGCAUUCCGGCAAAGUCGCCCUCCUCAACGCAGCCUGGUGGUUUGACGCCCGCUGCGAGAUCAAAGGCGUCCCUCGCGGCAAAUACAUCCCAACGUGGCGCGUCCAGUUUCAUCAGCGCACGGGAGGUCUCGACGGCAUCCAAUUCCGCGUCAGCGUGAAAGGUGCCGGGGAUGGGAUCGAACAUGGCAACGUUGUAUCCGAGACACACAUGUCGCAACUUCGUCCGGAGAGCCCUACCACCUCCAAUGCCGGACCCCUGUCAUUCCGAUUCGUGCCAACCGUAUUCAUGGCGCCUCAGGAUAGCACUACCCCGCAAUGGGUGGAGCUGACGAUGCCGCCGUUGGAUGUAGGAAACUGGUCUGGUGCCGCACCGUACUGGUUAGUUGAAAUCGAGGCGACCGACCACACCAGCACCUACAAGUACGGACUGCUGAUCGACUGGUUCCAACUGGUUCCGCAACGGGCGGAAGUCGGUCCCCGAAACGAGGCUGAGCCGUCCGCGCCAACUCCCACCGUCACUGAAAGCAAAAGUCCUCAAACACCUUCCAUUCUCCCAAAGAAACUCCCCUCCUCCAUGAUAUAUCAAACCAGAUCAACAGCGGGGAGGGCGUCUCCUUCUACAUGGCUAUGGCUACCGCUGCUGUUGCUCUGUAUGCUGGUAUCGACAGUUAUGGCGAACGUAGAGAAAAAGUUGUUUAUGCCAAGGAAAGUACAAUCUCUCGAGAACAUGUCAGCCAUCUGCACACAGUGGAACAUAUCAGAGGAUGUUGCCGUCACAGAGCUGAACGGGCCGACUUGAUCUUUGGGGCAACAUACUUCUAUGGAUCUUUAGUUGCAAAGCAGAAGCACAAACCAGGAUGUCAGCAUCUGGACGCAGUAGCGA